AUGGACAGUCGGGUACUCGAGCAUCCUCACGCCCAGUUCGGAGGCUCCUUGGGCGGGCUGGUGGGCUUCCCGUACGCGCUCGGUCCCCAUCACCACCACCACCACCAUCACCAGCACGUCUACGAGCUCGCCGGCGGGCACCAGCUCCAGUCCGCGGCCGCCGUCCCCUUCUCUAUAGACGGAUUACUUAACGGCUCCUGCUCGGCCUCGGUGGUCAGCUCCAACCCGCUGCUCUCGUCCGACAGCCAGCAGUUCAAACUCUCAGAUUCUGGGGACCCGGAUAAGGACAGUCCCGGUUGUAAACGGAGACGCACGAGGACGAAUUUCACCGGGUGGCAGCUGGAGGAGCUCGAGAAGGCUUUCAACGAGAGUCACUAUCCGGAUGUGUUCAUGCGGGAGGCGCUCGCGCUCAGGCUUGACCUCGUGGAGUCAAGGGUUCAGGUUUGGUUCCAAAACCGACGUGCAAAAUGGAGAAAAAAGGAGAACACAAAGAAAGGGCCGGGGCGGCCUGCUCACAACUCCCACCCGACCACGUGCAGCGGCGAGCCCAUGGACCCCGAGGAGAUCGCACGCAGGGAGCAGGAGCGCGCUGAGAAGAAGAAACGGAAACAGGAGAGGAAGCUGCUGAAGUCGCAGAACAAACUCCUCGCAGGUGACAGCUUCCACACACCUGGAGGUUCGGAGAGUGACAGCGGGGUCUCCCAGUUCACUGACAGCGAGCAGCAGUCUUCGAGCGUUAAUGGGACUAUUCACAUUGAACUGCCAGCAACAAAGGGUGCAGGAGGACACCAAACGGAAUCCAGCUGUGACCAAACACGACACGACUUCAGCCAACUACAAAACCACCAAAACCAAAGAACCACAGGAGAACCGGAGCAGGUUUCUCCAGGCAGCACGCACAGCUCCAGCCCCGGAGUCCCGAGGUCCUCUGCCCUGCAGAAACGCAACCCUUUCAGCGUGGAGAGCCUCCUCUCCGACGCCACGCCUCGACGGAAAUCUCAGCUGGACUUCCCCUCAUUGCCCAGUCAGAGGACACUGGUGGGUAAAGGUCACUUCUUGCUUUACCCCAUUACCCAUCAGCCCCUGGGCUUUCUAGUGCCCCAAACAGCCCUGAAGGCCUCACCGUGUCAGGACAACAGCAUUAACAGGCUCAGCCUGGGACAGAGGUGUGUGCCAAGUGAAGGGAGCCCUGCUCCCUCUGACCUCUCUAGCUUCGUCACUAAGCCUCUGAACUCGGAUCAUAUGGAGCAUAGCACGCAGCACCACCACAAUCACGUUAGCAAUAGAGUGGACGGAACAGACACGGAGGAGUGUGGUGGUGACUGCGGCGAUGGAAGAUUUCCUGUUUCUCCCCCACCGAGCAGCAUGGCUCAGACGGCCCUGGCCAGGCUGAGCUCGGCACAGUCCGGCGACAGCAGCGAGGAGAGGAGUCUGAAAGUUCGAACGGAGGCGGCGACCAAUGGCUGCCAAGCUGCCGAGCUGUGUGCUAAAGAGAAGGGUGCAAGAGAGGAGCGAGCGUCUCCAGACCUCUCUGAGCAUCUCAAGGCAAACACAGACUGUCAAGAAACACCCGGAACAGAUGGAGAGGAUGUCGAUAUGGACUAA